GCUCUUCUUCUCCUUUCUUCCCGCUGCAGCCACUCGAAAGAAAAAAAAGGGGAACCCAACCAUGCUUUGAGAAACCGGUGAGAAAGCUUGGAUUUCUCCUUCUUUUCUUGUUCUAAAACCAGAUUUGAGCCUUGAAAUUCUCCCCCUGCUGGAAAUCCGGAUCUGCUCUUUCCUUCCUACCCUGUCCGCUGGCUGCUCCUGCUUUGUGGGGGUGAAUUGCUCGGUUUUUUGGUAAGAAAUAGCUCGAAUUCUCCCUUCUUUAGCUUUGAUUUAAGUUGGGCUCCUUUAAUUUUGGGUUAAACCGUGAGUCCCCUGCAGAAUUUUCCUUCCAUGCCGCCGGCUCUUCCCCAAAUUGCAGCUCCGGCCUUGCUUGCUGGAUUCUGUGAUAGAACCGGUUCGUACAAGUGACCCUGCUAGUGGGGAUUAUACACUAGUAAAUCGUGUGCCUGCCAGUGGGAAGUUUAAUACACUGGCCAUGACCUAUAGAGGAGACGUCUAUUUCGUUCCCGUACUGUAUCCGUUUUGCGUGAUUGCACAUGUUGGCAUGCUAUAAGUUUAAUAAGGGGCACUCCAUAUUUACUUACUGAGUGUAUCUCAUAGUUUUUCCUUGUCCACCAUUUUAGGAAAUGAAACUGAGGACGGGGAAACCACGGGAAGUGACGAGUUAGAAAGCUAGCCAUUUCGAGAUUGAUAUAGAUUUUAGAAAUAAAUCAUGAUUUUGUAAGCUAGAGUGUAUUUGGAGAUUUAUGAUAUUAGAGCAAAUUAUAAGAUUUGAUCUUCAGAUUUUGAUGAGAGUCAACUCUUGAAACCUACAGCCGACUCUGGUGAAUGGAAGUGCAUAAAGCCAGCUUAAAGAGUUUGCAAUCGGCUGUGGGAGUGUAGAGAACCGGCUCUAAAAGCUGUAGCCAGCUCUACGGGCAAAAAUUUGAAGCCCGUUGUUUGGCGCGCGCGAAGAAAAGACGUAAAGUCGGCUCCAACUUUGCAACCGGCUGUAAGGGCGUAUUUAAUGCACAACGGUUGACUUAUUUGAAGAUUAAUUAAUGGUUUUAAAGUCGGAAUACCAAAGUCGGCUUUACGUUUUACAGCCAGCUGUCCAAGAAAACAAAAUGUGCAACAAACCCGCAAAGCUGGUUUUAUGUUUUGCAGCUAGCUCUACGGAAAAAACAGAAUGUGUAGAAUCCCGCAAAGCUGGCUACAGAAAUGGUAAGCUAGCUAUUCAGACCUAGCUCUAGAAGUGUAAGCCAGUUGUGCUGACAGUUCUACAACUCGAACUAUGCGUCCUACAGAGCAUUUAAUGAUGCCCAAUGGUUAGAAAUGGCUAUUUUCGAGCAAGAGGUUAUAAAUUUGGUUGGUAACAGAUUUGGAACAAGUUUCAAAACAUUGCAUUGAAUAUCUUUACCUACCUACUUGUGUUUUAAGUUGAGUUUUUGAUCUUUGAGUGAUUUUUGCAUGUAAUCCUCUUCUUGUUCUAUUAGUGUAUGUUCUUAGGGGUGUGAUUAUUCCUUCAAGAGUGAUCUAUAAAUAGGAUUCUUGGGGUUUAUAUUGUAAAAGGGUGAGGUUUGAGAGAAAUACUCAUCUUUUUGUAAAAGGAUUGAGUGGUUCCUUUAAGUCACCCUUGUCUUUUUUAAUGAAGAGUGUGGAGAAAA